UAUGUAUUGAAAAAUAAUUAUAUAACUCGUAUAAUACUAAAUUCAAUCAUAUUGAUUACUUAUACUUAUUAUAUUGCUAUUUUGCACUGUGAGACACAAAAUUUGGUUAGAGAGAAUUGUAGUGAUUUCUCAAAAUGCUAUCCCAGAUGUUAGCAACGUAAUACCGAAAAUUAAGAAGUCCCUUAUUGAAUAUAACGUUAACCUAGCAAGAAGAAAUAUAGAAUAGUGAGAAAGUUUAGGCAUCAUCUUAGUUUCACAAGAGAACGCGAAAUAAUAGUGAAUUUUUAAUACUGUGAUCCAUAGUAUUGAAACUAAUGGCAAAAUGGUUUUAAAAAAAAAAUUCCUAAUAAUUAAUGCUUUAAAAUAAAUGAUGUACCGUUUUGUCAAUCAGUAUAGAAACUACAUUGAUAUAUUAAUGUAAUAUUAUGGACAAUACAAUCAAUGGACUGUAAUGAAACAACUCUUUGUCUGUCUGUUGUUACUGUAUUUGUUUUGUUAUUUUUGUAUGCUUAUUUCAGUAUUCAUUAUUUUAUAUUUUCUUUCAUCGAUAAACAAUUAACAUUGUGGAACCAUAAAAAAAGAGUUUCAUGGGUUCAGCAAUGCUUGCAUGAUAUUGUAUUUUAACAACUGGUGUUAUUAAAUUUCAGCAUUUAUUGUCAAGUGUGAUAUGAAACAGAUUUAUGGCUUCAUCUUUGGAUGAUUUAUUCCAUGAGAGUAAUUUCCACAAUGUUAGCAGCCUUACCACUAUUUAUGGGGCAACUGCCAUCAAUGGUUGCAAUGUGGAUAAACUUAUGGUUGCGAUGCUCAAAGGAAAAAUUGUUUUAUUUGAAUACAAAAAAGUUGAUCAGUCUUUAGUGAAAAUAGACAAGGAAGUCUCAUUCACAUAUAUACCAGCGGAUGCUCAUGUAAUUUCAAUCGACUGUUUUACAUGUGGAGCAAGAGGUCUCAUCAUAGCCGUGGCGUUUUUCAAGGAGACCAAUGGAAAGCUGACAAAUUAUCUCAAUAUUUAUUGCAAUUAUACUUAUGAUGCUUCAGAUGAAAAAGACUCUUGUCAACUUGAAACUGUUGCAGAGAAUUGUAGAUCAUUUGAACUUGAAUUUGUACCCUUCCAGCUCACUCACUGUAAAUCAAGAGCACGAAAAGAUUGCGAAGCAUUACUGCAAACAGUUUUUAUUGUUCUGGGUGGAGACAGCAGAAUACAUAUUUAUGCGCAGGAUGAAAACCAAGGAGAAUUUUCAGAACAAACUUUAGAUAAAUAUUUCCCUGAGUUUAAAGAUCUUCCUGGAGUUCCAAUGUUUGUUGACAUAAAGAUAACAAACAAUGAGAAGAUGCGAAUAAGUGCAGUUGGUCACGCAACUGGUGACAUAUCGCUGUUCAUCACUGAUCUAACAACAGAGGAAUGGAAACUGACUACAUAUCAUAUUCAGCAUGAUAGUCCGAUUACUUCAGUCAGGCUAUUUACUAAAUAUACUGAAGUAAAAAUUCCAGAGUUCAUGAAAAGAAAAUUUUCAACACAGGAUCUUCCAAAUCACGAUCACAAUAUUUAUCAUUUAUUAGUCACCAGUGCUUGGGAAAAUGCAGUUGUUUAUUGUUUCUGCGCGGAUCAAGGCUUCGAGAUUCCAGUUUUACUUGAAAAUAGUUCGGAACAUGAUUGUGUCACAUGCUGUCAGAUAGCGGACAUUGAUCGCGAUGGAGUGAACGAUAUAAUUAUUGGAACCUAUGGACAAGAAUUGCUAGUGUAUAAAUUUAAUGAGCCCAGUAGCGAGACAUACGAUCCUUAUGAACCAGUAACACUAAUCCCAUAUUGGACAAGAACGUUUUCAUAUCCUAUUGUCAAUAUUAUGCUGCAGGACCUCACGGGUGAUGGCCUCAGUGAAUUGAUUGUAAUUUCUACGAAAGGACUUCAUAUUCUGCAAUGCAAUUCCGCUUCGGCUAUAAAAGAAUGCAAGGCGAAGCUUUUAAAUUUAAAGCGCUUGAAAAUAAAGUGAUGCGUUGAGUAGUA